GCAGUGUCACAAACCCCCCCCAAUUGUUUUAUUUUUUUGCAUCGCCUCUUUGUGAUGUUUCGCACCUUUGUGACUGGAUGGCUUUGAUCCCGCGACCUCUCCCUUUGCUUAACCGGCUCCAUUCAUAUCUGCAUUAAAGUCACAUUUAUAAACAAGAAAAGCUGAAGAAUGAUGGCAAAUGAGUAAACAUUAGAAUGGAUAACUCGGAGCAAAGGGGCCCUGAAAGCGUUGACCGAAGGGAGUUUUCCACCACGGCUAAAGCAGACUAUCCAAGGAGGCCGCACCAGCAAUGGCAUCGCGGCAAGGCUACAGAGGGUGGCUACCACAAACACGGCGGCCUCAAGCAGGCUCUCUUUUUCAGCGAGAGCUCCAACAGAGAGCUUGCCGCCCAAAACGCCGCCCUGAGGGAACACAUGGACAACGAACGCCAAAGACACCACGAGGAAAGGCAGAAGUUUCGCAAAGCUCUGGAUGAAGCUCGAACCGGACGGACCACGCCGGAGAUGGAGCAGAAGCUCAGAGAAAAGGAGAAUGAAAUGAGCGUCCUGAAGAACGCGCUGGCCGUCGCUCAAGCGGAAACGGUUCAAGCGCGGAGAUACUGGAUGGAAGAACAUGAACUGCUCAAGAAAGCCAGAGAAGACGUCUCUGAGAGCAUGGUGGCGACGGUGAACGCCGAGUGGCAGCAGUGUUGGCUGGUCCGCGAGCAGGAAACGGCGGCCCACCUGCAGUGUCAGUGGGAGAACAUGCAGUGGCAGAUGGAGGAGAUGGAAGCCCAUUUCAACUCCAGGCUGGAGAACAUGCAGAGACACAACAUGGACACGACCGAUUAUUUCAAGACGGAGAUGGAGCGUCUUCAGUGGCACAUGGGAUGCAGCCUGCAGGAGAAGGACGAGCACAUCGCAAAGCUGACCAAUGAGAACUGCAUGCUCGGAGCGGAAAACGCCGCCAUGUCUGGACAGCUCCUCAAAUUCGAAGCGGAGAUUUCUGAGCUGCAACAAAGUCUCCUCUCUGUGAAGGAAGAGCUCAAGGCUGAGCGGGAAUCCAAGAUGAAUCCCAUUGGUCGGGAGCGGCCUGUGACCUUAAUGACGGAGACUGACCCUGAGCGUCUGAAACAAGGAGACAUUUUGAAACAAGACGAGCUGAACAACCUUCAGGACUCUCUGGAAGCUUCCAGGAGAGAAACCGUCAAUGUCAGAAAAUACUGGAUGGGGGAGUGCGAGCAGCUCACAAAGACCACAAAGGAGAACGCCAAAAACGUCGUCGCCGCCAUCGAUGCGGAGUGGCAGCUGUUUAAAAGCGAAUGGGAGCGCAUGCAGACGCGUAUGACGCAGGCCUUGCAGGAGAAGGAGGACUUGGUCGUGAAGUUGCAACAGGAGAACGCCUCGCUUGUGGAAGACAACGUGAAGAUGACGUCACAGCUCCGAAAAUGCGGACUCAAGGACACCCCCGAGAUUUGUUUUGGAGGAUCCGCUGAAGGCUGAGGAAGCGCUCUAAAAGCGUUUUUGGAAUGUUUUCUUCCUGAAAAUUGAGACUUUAGUUCAGUGACCUUCUAAAAAAGAUACUUUAGAUGCCAUCACAGAUGUGUGCCAGAGGACCAGUGGGAACAUUUCUAAAAAUAACUCAUAAAUCAUCGCUGUUUCGUGGUUACUUCGGCAUAUUAUUAGUCAGCACAUAUGCCUAUUUAAGCAAAUUGUGCAUAUAAAUAACUAAAUGAACUAAAAUACAAAAGUAGUGUAUAAUCCAUUAUGAAUGCAGUACUCUACAUUGGUCACUAGGUGUCAGUAAUGCCCAAUUACUAACCUUGAACCGAAGUUUAUAGUAGGUUUAAAUGAUCUCAUAAGCGGCAUAAUAACACUCAUUCAUUCAUUCAUUUUCUACCGCUUUUCCUCACGAUGGUCGCGGGGGGUGUGCUGGAGCCUAUCCCAGCUGUCUUCGGGCGAGAGGCGGGGUACACCCUGGACUGGUCACCAGCCAGCCAAUCACAGGGCACAUAUAGACAAACAACCAUUCACACUCACAUUCAUACCUAUGGACAAUUUGGAGUCGCUAAUUAACCUAGCAUGAUUUUUUUUUUUAAAUGUUUUUUGGAAACCGGCGUACCCGGAGAAAAUCCACGCAUGCAACAUGCAAACUCCACAUAAACAUGGCCGAGGGUGGAAUCGAACCCUGGUUUCCUAGCUGUGAGGUUAGCACGCUAACCACUUGUCGCCGCAUAAUAGCAUUAUAAUAACACAGGUUACUGUUGCGGCAUAGCCAACAACAAGCUAAAACUCAACUCUGAAUCACUGACGUCACUUCCUGUCAUGUAUCUAAAGUUGACUAUAGGGGUGUUAUUUCAUGUCUAGAUGGCUCUAAUGUUUAAUAACAUAUUUACAAAACGAUAACCCUACGAUAACUAGGAAAAUAUUCAAUUUAUAAAGAAAUCCUGCUUCAUGAAAAUUCACUUAACGUGGUCGGAUCUGGAACCAAUUAACAGUGAUAAAUGAGGGAUUACUAUUAUAUGGCAGCAAAAAAUCCAUAAUUAUAAUAAUAGGAUGGCCCAUACUGCAAGAUAUUCCAAGCGUAAAAAUUAAUGUCACAUUUGACAUUCUCACUUCCAAGUUAUUCCAUCAGUUUGUUAGCAAAAAUAUAAUACAUGAUACAUUAUAUUCAUAUAUAUUGACAGUUACAGAACCUUUGUUUGUCUUGUGUGUCUCUUUAAUGGUGUGACGAUAACCAUAGAAGCGUAAAUGAAAUUUUGUUAUUGUUUUUUCCCUUACAUUUUACUUAUUUCUUAUGUACAGCCCUUCCUUUUCAACUUUGCUUGUUAAGACUUUAUAAAUACAUUGUCAUUGUUGUUAUUAGUAGUACAGUAGUUAUAGUAUUUUCUCAUUAAACAUUGACGAUAGCUGCUUCGGUUUUUGUCGUGAAAACCUAAAUCCAUUAGACACCCAUAUGUAUAAAUAUAUAUAUAUAUUUUUUAACGUAAUAUUAAUUUUUGUGAGAUAAUUGUGCCCGAAUUUCAAAGACCGCAAGGAUCAGAAAAGGUUGAAUUCAGUAGCGUUGCUCGCCUUCAUUAUCAAAUUUUCUUUGGCCCCAUGGUGUGUUAUUUAGCACGGUGGUAACAAUGCUAACAGUUCCGAAUCCUACAAAAACCCAAGUUUAACACUCACCACACCAUUUGACUUUCCAGUUUCUGUUAGCGUCAACUCCUCUGCAAUGGAACUUACGGUUCUUGGACCGUGUCUUCCUCCAGAAACGAUCCUACAAAAAUAAACAAAGCAUAUUGAAUGGGGCCCCAGUAGGGGUCCCAGUAGGGGUCCCUGUAACCUUGCUAUCUAUUUAAUGCU